AUGUCGAACGCUCCCGAAGAUUUCAGUAUCCGAUCUCCAGUUCCUCAAUACCAACCAAUGCAUACCCCCGCGUCAACUGCCAUCGGCAGCCAUGAUAUCGCCGGACCUAAUGUCAAAUACUGUCACGUUGUCCACUGCAACCAUGGCGAAUCUCUUGGUGAAGGCUCCCGGGCAAACGUCGUGCCUGUUGCCCUCGUUGAGAGAUGGCCUGCCUUGAUCGAGUGCCCUGCUUGCAAGGGCGUCACUCCCACUACAACGGACCAUACCAUUGGCAAAGGAGCGCACUGGAUGGCCGUCAUGCUGUUUUUCACCACUGGUGUUGGCGUAUUCGCUCCGUAUGCCAUGAGGCCUUUCAAGGACGUCGUUCACAGCUGCCAGCGAUGCGGACGAAAGGUAGCGACUCGGCGAUUCGGCGGUGGCACUAAGGCGCACCUUAUGUGA